GUGCCUCAGUCCCCUUUGAGAGAGGUCCAGGGUAAUCAUUUACUGCUUGCCACAGGCCACUCCUUCGGACUUUUUCUUCGACCUUCAGGCCGAAUUGCCAAAAUAAAAACAACGGGAAGAAGAGCAGUACAUGCUGCUUCCCACAGUGGGAGUGUGGCAGUGCCCGUCUGCCCUGCUGCUGGAUCCCAGGAGCCCUGUUCCCCACACCUCGCUCUCUGCAGGAGGAGAAACAUCUGCGUGCUCUGCUUCCCGAGGACACCCUGUGCUGGAAGCUGAGCUUCUGCCCCUGUUCCAGCUGGCUGUUUGUGGCCUGGAUGGAGCCCUCCUCCACUGCUCUGGGCAAGACAAAGGAACUCAUCAAGCACGGCCGGGAGAGGAUAGGGCAAACCAUCAAGGCCUCCGGCUCCAGGCUCUGCGUGUACUUGCUCUUCUUUUUCCAAGUGCUGAACGAGUUGCUUUUUUAAUGGAUCGUUCCCGGAGCCCAGACAAAAGCACCCAGCCUUCAACACCAACUGACAACAUCAACCUUGGACCUUCUGCUAACCCCAAUGCCAAGCCAACAGACUUUGACUUUCUGAAGGUUAUUGGCAAAGGAAGCUUUGGAAAAGUUCUCCUGGCCAAACGCAAGUGUGAUGGGACUUUUUAUGCAGUGAAAGUCUUGCAUAAGAAAACCAUCCUCAAGAAAAAGGAGCAAAAUCACAUCAUGGCGGAACGCAAUGUGUUGCUGAAAAAUGUCAAGCACCCCUUCCUUGUGGGACUCCAUUACUCCUUCCAGACCUCGGAGAAGCUUUACUUUGUACUUGACUAUGUAAAUGGAGGAGAGCUCUUCUUCCACUUGCAAAGGGAGCGCUGUUUCCGUGAACCCCGGGCCCGGUUCUAUGCUGCAGAAGUUGCCAGUGCAAUUGGGUACUUGCAUUCCUUAAACAUCAUUUACAGAGACUUAAAACCUGAGAACAUUCUCCUGGAUUGCCAGGGACACAUAGUAUUGACAGACUUCGGACUGUGCAAAGAAGGAAUGGAGCAAGAGGAGACAACUUCUACUUUUUGUGGCACUCCUGAGUACCUGGCUCCUGAGGUGCUAAAGAAGCAGCCCUAUGACAGGACAGUAGACUGGUGGUGUCUAGGAGCUGUCCUCUAUGAAAUGCUGUUCGGACUGCCUCCUUUUUACAGCCGGGAUGUGUCUCAGAUGUAUGACAACAUUCUGCACAAGCCACUCCAGAUCCAAGGAACCAAGACGGUAGCAGCUUGUGACAUCCUCCAGGGACUCCUCCACAAGGAGCAGAAGAGGAGGCUGGGUGCCAAAACAGACUUUCUUGAGAUAAAGAACCAUGUAUUCUUCAGCCCAAUAAACUGGGAUGAUUUGUACCACAAGAGGAUUACCCCUCCAUUCAACCCCAAUGUGGCUGGUCCAGCUGAUCUGCGACACUUUGAUCCAGAGUUCACCCAAGAAGCAAUCUCUGCCUCCAUCACCCACACACCUGACCUAGCAGCCAGCAGCUCCAGUGCCUCAGAUGCAUUUUUAGGAUUUUCUUAUGCACCAACUGAAGAGGACAUCUAAGUUUUACAAAGGCUUUGAGAAGCCAGAUUUUAAAUGAAUAGGUUUUAUGGUUUUUUUUUUGUUUGUUUUGACUGGGUUUUUGGGUUUUUUGUUUGUUUGUUUGUUUGUUUUCUGUUGGUUUUUUGAGAGGAUUUUGUCCUUUGCUCAUGGCUUAAGGAAAUUGGGACUAACACACUAACUGGGAUGGAACAGAGCUCAACUUUUGCUGUUUGGUGGAUUUCCCCCAAAUAUUUCCCUGCCAGGACUGUUUCCCUGGCAGAGAAAGUGGGACACUGAUUAUGGCUUUCCCCCUGAGUGUCUUGUACUACUUGGCAGAAUUGUAUUCACCCUGUGGUUGUAUUUAUGGUUGAGGUAUGUGCCAUCAUUCACAUCAACAGCCAUGUCCCUGUAACUGGCCACCUUUUUCCCCUUUGUUUUUCUUUUUUGUUUUUGUUGGGGAGCUGUGCCCAGCUCUGUCCAACUGCUUUCCCCACCUACUCAAUUGAGAAGGGAAUUCUUCACACAACCAUGAAUAUUGGCUUCCUUCCUUUAAGUAGACUGACUGUGUCACUUAAGCCACUCAUCCUGGGCUGAGCUGGGCUGAGGGAAAACUGUUCACCAAUUGUUGCUCCAAAGGCAGCUGCAGGUCUGUGAAUCCUGAACUGCACUGGGGCCUUUGAUGCCAGCCAGUCUCUCCCCAAGGUGAGUGGAUCAUCUCUCUAGGUGAAUUAGGAUGCUGCUGAAGCACUAAGGAGGUUGUUAUGGAGGAGCCAAUGUGUGGGAGGAAUAUCCCAGAUCAAAGGGGUGGGGAAGAGGCUGAAUUGCUUGGAAAAAUAACUCUAUGGCUAAACCCUGCUUGGGGUGGGGGGUGUCUUUCACAGCAUGUGCUUGACUUGCCCAUGACACACCAACACAACUGUGAGGAGCACGCGGAGUACAGGAUAUGCACAGCAAAGGGUGGCUAGCACUGCUGCUCCAGGCUCCAGUACUCAUCUGAAAACACCCAUCACUGAUGUAGAACAGUUAUUUAUUCUGCCUUAAUUUAAAUGCUGGUGUAUUCAUUGAAUGUCGCUUCCCACUUUUUCUUUUUAAAACUGUUUUAUUUUGUUGCUGUGGGGAAAAGAGGGGGAUCUUAGAGCUUCCACUGUAACCCAGGGAUAAACAAGGGACUUUCUGCAAGUUGCGUGGUGCUCAUGCUAUGGGGAAGCUUGUGUUGGAACAUUUUUUUUUUUAAUUGGACUUUAUCUUAUGUAUGCUGAAGUCAUUGGGAAUAUGACACGGUUUAUAUUAAAGUGCAAACACUGAUGUGCGUCCA